AUGGCAUUCAAGAAAAGCCAGCUUUCAUUAAGGGCUCGUGCACUUAAGAGGCUAAUACAAGUCUCUUUAGAUAAGGGUGAGACUCUCGAUAAUAUAACUGUUUCUUUGCCUAUAUCACAUUGUAAAAGUCCCUCAAAAUUAUUUGAUAUUCAGCUAACAAUUAGUGAGUUUGAAAUCAUAAUAUCACUAUUUGAAGCAGUACCAAGGACUUUAGAGCAGGCGACCAAGUUAUUCAAUAAUGUUAUCACACCAUAUAUGUUGGUUUCUCCAAAACAGAAAUUUACGGAUAACCUUUUGAGUAAAUUUAAAGUUGACAAUUUGAAGCAUCCUUCCGAAAUUUUAGCGUUGCAGUUGGUGAAAUUUAUUCUUACAAUAUAUGUGCAAUUCCCUACCUUGAAAGGUGAAAUUCAGAACUUAUUAGAUCAGUAUCUGAAUACUGUUUUUGAACAGAUUGAUAUUGCUGUACUACUUUCUUUAAUUGGGUUCAUUGAAGCAUUGUGCGAGGGGAGAGGCGUCGAAGUUAAUCAAUUGCAAAUAUUUGUUGUCGAAAAACUACAUACAUUUAUCAAUGAGGACUUUUUGACUUUGGUAGAGUCCAUAGUUUCUGAAAUGGUACUCAAUGAUACAUUGUUGAACUAUUAUGAUAAUGACUGUCAAGUUUGUCCCUAUUUGUUCUACAUGUUGAUUGGAAAGUUACAGGUGGCUACUGUUGCAAAUAUUGCCCAAAUUCCAAAGGAAACCAAGAUUACUGAGUUUCUACUGAACCACCAGCAUAGAGAAUACCGCUUUGAAAAUAAUAUUGAAUUGGAUGAGCACGAUAUCGAAUGCUUGGAUAAUUUUAGAUCUAAUAUUAGGGUUAAUACAGACUUUUUAACAGCUGUAUUAGAGUACGCUCAGAAACAAAUCAAGGAUAUAGAAGAGGGCUAUAAAUACUUCAACUUGAAUCCGGCGAGCUGCAACUUAGCCUGUCAUGCAAAAGAGUAUGCAAUUGAACUACUCUCUGUGGGGUUACAUGUUGACAAAGAGCGCUACCAAAAUUCUUUAAUACCUGUGUUAUCUGCUGAACUAGCAAAAAUGUAUAAUGUAACUCAGGCAAUUACCCCAGGAAUCCUUGAAUCAGUUCUUAGUGCAUCUUCUCUGUUAAAUUUCUUUACCGAAGAACUCUCUCCUCAGCUCUUACAUGCUUUCCCUAAUAUCGUCUCUUCAGCUCAAGUAACCACAGAAAUGGUUUCAAAAAUAUCAGCGCUGUUUGCCAUAGGUUUAAAACCAUUAAAUCAAGAUUCUGUUGUUGGAACCGUUUAUUCACUUAACAAUUUGUUGGCAGUUUCGGAAGAUGGAUCGCCUAUCCCAAUUGUGAAAGAACGUAGAUUUACUACGAAUUAUGAAACUCAUGUAGAUAAGUUAUUCCAGUUGCGACCAGCAAGAUCGAACACUGUUGCCACAUGCCAGCAAAACCAUCUAAAAGUCAGUGAUGGGUUAACAUCCUUCAGUAGUGGCGGUGAACCGCUUUCCGAUACUACAUCAGUAUCUCAGCAUUUGCCAUUUGAAGCAGGAGCCACUUACCAUGAUAAGUUAUUUAAAAACUCGAUUACUUCUGUUAUUACUGUUGCCGCAAAUUAUGAAGACCCUACAAUUGUUGCGUUAGUUGUAACGAUGUUAACACAGAAGUUCAGAGUCGUUUCACAGAAGUUGGACCUAAUAAUUUUUGAAGGUUUAUCAUAUAUCUGUUGCUUCGUUAACCAUACCGAAUUUAAACAGCUGAUGAAAUUCUGCAAUUCGGCAACUGCUCUCGCGAUAACUGAGGGGAAUGACCUUCUGCUACAGGGAAUUCAAAAUUCUAGAAUUGCGAUUUCAAAAAACUUUAAAUCGAAACGUGGUCAUGAGGUCUAUAUAUUGUACUUAAGGGAGUUGCUGGAAGUUAUUAUCGCACGUGGUGAAGUCGAAAAAUUGGAACACCAUAGACCACAUAGUGAAAUUUCUCAAGUUGCAGAGCAAAUUGCUCUAUACUUGAGGCCAUUGGCUGCUCUGUUACCAGAACCUGGUGAACCACCUUUAGACCUAAGCAAUGAUGUAGUCACGACCAACUUGUACAGAAAUAUUUGGUUUAAUAUGGUUGUGCACGGUUUUCAUGGUGGUUCUAGGCUCACUGAAUUAUACUAUAAGGAGCUUAGGGUUAUUGCUUAUAAUAGUCCGCCAUUGACCUCUGAUUUCCCUGCUAAUAAUAGAGAAACCUCUGUUGAUAUGAAUACCAUUUUACGUCGUGGUUCAUCCAACCAUAACGUUAAAGAGCAGAAGCAUCGUCUUGCGGAUCAUUUAAAUAUAAAUGCUGUUGUGGCGAGGACCAUAUCUAUUCCAAAGGUGAUGUUCCUUGCUUCAACCCUUUUCCUUGAGACUUUAAGAUGUGAGUCCGGUGAUUGCUCGACAGCUUUGUUUUAUUUUUCGAAUCCAUCGCUUGUUGCCAGCAACCUAGAGCGAUUUACGGGGUCAAUUGUCAUUUCAAUUGUUCAAAGGUUUACCAAGCUAGUUAUGAAAGGUGACCCUCGUAUAUUUUCGUCUGAACAGAUUGCAAGACAGCUAACCAAUAUGAUUCUAUUACUGACGCAUCGGAACCUGUAUUUACAGGAUUUUGCCUUCCAGUGUUGUGACCUUUUUAUUAGGAGGGUGCCCUCUAGUUUAUGUCAUAUGGAAUCAUUGUCUAUGUUAUUAGAUUCAUUGACUAUGCUUUUCGAUAGCAUUGUAGAUUAUGAGACAAACAAAUAUGAACCGCGCUAUGAGUAUGAAUUGAAGCACUCGAAGACUAAAGUGAUGAUCUCCGAUUCUUAUAAGUGGAGAACUUCAUCAUUGCAAAGAUUAUACAAGAAUGCGAAGGAAUGGGUAAAAAUCAUUUUGAAGAAGGCGAACCAAGAUACGAAAAUCUUACUGCAAUCUUAUCUCUCUGGUCUAGGUGGGUUCCAUAGACAGAGCAGCGUCGAGUUCGGUGUAUCCUUCGCAUUUGAAAUGGCAGGGUCUGUUUUGACAGCGGAUAAAGAACUAUCCAAGAUUAAUCUUCGUGGCUUCGAAAAACCUGAUACCAUUUCAAGCUUUUUGUCUCAGCAUUCCUGGAGAUCAAAGUUUUUAGUUGAUAAAGCCACUUUGUCGUCAUGGAAGGAAUUGGAAGCAGAAAGGUUGGAAAUUAAAGCACAGCUAGACGCAUCUUUCAAAAAAUCAAAAAAGUUCUCAGAAUCAUUGGUAACUGAUUACCUUGACCUAUGCGCCAUUUUGCUGUUACUACACCAAGGAAAGUCGUCCAGUUUGGUUUACGAACUUGUAUCUAUCCCAUUUAAACAUUUCUCGAGUAGUUCAAUGAAAAUUGCUACAGAUAUAUGGUUGUCCGUUAUAAAAGAAAGAAAAGACCUCUCACACUUGUUAGUUGCCGAAAUUGCGUACUUUUUCAUGCAAUCAAUUGACCAGAAUAAGGGACUCUACUCGCAUCAAUUUGAUUUGACACCAGAAGAGUUCCAGCCAAUGGAAUAUUCACCUUAUAACAAGAAGAAAAUAAAUGAAACCGCGAGAGCUGUUAGUGAAUCCAUUGAACCCCAUCAAUAUGUGGUCAGGCUCUUUGCCUCUCACUUUGAGGGAACACUAUUUGAAAGUACCCAUUUACUAAAAAUCUUUACUAGACUAGCGAACUAUAGUGUGUCCAAUCUGAAGUACGCAAGCUACCACCCAUACGCAAGAAUGGCACGUACAGAGUUGUUAAACUUUGCGCUUAUGAUAUUGUCAUUCAUUGUGAACCAAAAUAGCUGGGAUGCUAAACUGUUGUCACAAACGAUUGUGAAUGGAGCUUUGAUGUGGUUUAAAAAACCAAGAUCGUGGCCAUUUGGAUCUAAUGAAUUAAAAAUACGCACUGAUUUAUCACUUCUAGUAGAGCUACAAAACCACCUCAAAGGAUUGGGUCCUGUAUUGCGCAGUUAUACUGGCGCUAAAGUCACCUUGCUAGAAAGUUUUGUCGUAAGUGAGCUAAAUCUUUUGGAGACAUGGUUGGACCCUCUCGGCACCGCAACAGAGUUGCCGUCUCUUCCUUCCGAUCUGGUGAAACUGGCCUUCGACAUUGACGCUGCGAUGGCCGUCUCUCUAGUUGGCAGGUAUCACGAUAAAAAACACGUCAAAGCUCUUUCUAGACUGGUUUGCAAAUAUCCACUGCAUUGCGUACAUAUCCCAGAGGCUUUAACAUAUUUGCUGGAACAAGAAGGUCCGGUGUCUAAGUAUGUUUUAUACUGGACACCAGUCUCACCAAUACAGUCUAUUAAUCUAUUUUUACCAAACUGGAACGAGCAGUCAUUUUUAAUACAGUACAAUGUUCGUGCAUUGGAAUCCCACGACAUCAACCUAACGUUCUUCUACGUUCCCCAGCUUGUUCAAUGUCUCAGAAAUGAUGUAAGAGGGUAUGUGGAAAGGUUCAUUUUGGAUACUGCCAAACUGAGCUUCCUCUUUUCCCACCAGAUCAUAUGGAAUAUGCUUGCGAACUGCUACAAAGACGACGAAGCUACAAUUGAAGACCCAAUAAAGCCCACGCUGGACCGUAUCCGCGAAAAAAUGAUCCGGGGGUUCAGCGAGUCGCAUCUCAAUUACUACCAACGGGAAUUCAGGUUCUUUAACGACGUCACAAGCAUAUCCGGUAAACUAAAGCCAUAUAUCAGAAAGACUAAGGCCGAGAAAAAGGUCAAGAUCGAUGAGGAGAUGGCGAAGAUCGUCGUCGAACCAGACGUAUACUUGCCAAGCAACCCAGACGGUGUCGUUGUUGAUAUUGACCGCAAGAGUGGGAAACCCCUCCAAUCCCACGCGAAGGCUCCCUUUAUGGCAACCUUUAUCAUACGAAAAAACGUCAUCGUUGACAAGACCACAGACGAGGAAGCUACAAUCGAAAAACGCCAAAGCGCUAUCUUCAAGGUCGGAGACGACUGUCGCCAGGAUGUUCUAGCCCUUCAACUCAUCUCCGUAUUCCGCACCAUUUGGGCUUCCAUAGGUAUGGAUCUGUACGUUUUCCCAUACCGCGUCACAGCGACCGCUCCAGGCUGUGGAGUCAUCGACGUACUGCCAAAUUCUAUCUCACGUGAUAUGCUCGGCCGCGAAGCCGUCAACGGCCUGUAUGAGUACUUCACCACGAAAUUCGGUCCCGAGAACUCCAUCGAGUUUGAAAACGCACGGAACAACUUCGUCAAGUCCUUAGCCGCUUACAGCGUUAUCUCGUAUAUCUUACACUUCAAAGAUAGACAUAAUGGAAACAUCAUGUACGACGACCAAGGCCAUUGUCUGCAUAUCGACUUCGGUUUCAUUUUCGAUAUCGUACCCGGAGGUGUGAAAUUUGAAGCCGUUCCGUUUAAACUAACAAAAGAAAUGGUACGCGUAAUGGGUGGUAGCCAAGAUACCCAAGCAUAUCAUAAAUUCCAAGAACUAUGCAUAAAGGCCUACCUAGCCGCACGUCCUCACAUGCAAACUAUAAUACAAACAGUAGUACCCAUGCUGGGCAGCAGUUUACCUUGUUUUAAAGGUGAAAAGACAAUUCGAAACCUGGAAGCUAGGUUCCAACCUAACAAGUCAGAUCACGACGCUGCGCUGUUCAUGCGUGCUCUAAUACGUCGCUCUUAUGAAAGCGUCUUCACCAAGGGCUAUGACGAGUUCCAAAGACUCACCAACGGCAUCCCUUAUUAG